AUGAGGUUGCUAUCUCAGCUUCUACCGGCGCUGCUGCUGCUACAGACAUGCGCAGCUGGGCCUGGUCAACCACUCACCGACCAAACAUCCUCAUCGGUCCUCGGAAGUGAGGAUCAUGAAUCUCCAUUCGCGGAGGAAACACAUCCCCGGCCCAUGACCCAACGGGUUGAACGUGCCUGGGAUACGCUUCGCAAAACGAAACCAACAACCCCACAUACCGAGAAGACAACCAGUCUGCUCAGCACAGCUGUUUACUACGGCCGCCAAACCUUCCGAACAUUAUUCUUAAACGGGCCAAAGACCGAAAAGGCCGAGCCGAAGCUGAAUACCCAAGUCGCAGCCGCAGUGGCAGAGUUGAAAGCGGCAGCAGAAGAAGACAGAGACCCGGACGCGUUAUUCCUGUUAGCGGAGAUGAACUUCUAUGGCAACUUCUCCCAUCCUCGCGACCUCAAAGCUGCUUUCCAAUGGUACCAUGAGUUAGCUUGGUUAGAUGGAAACAACACAGCACAGAACAUGGUUGGGUUCAUGUAUGCGACUGGGAUUGGUGGUGCUGUUGAACGCGAUCAGGCCAAGGCUCUGAUGUAUCAUGAGUUCGCUGCGGAGACGGGAAAUACACGCUCUGAGAUGACUCUCGCGUACCGCUAUCACUCUGGUAUUGGGACGCCGAAGAACUGCGACAGUGCCAUUCACUACUACAAGAAGGUGGCGGACAAGGCUGUUCAGUAUUACCGUUCUGGUCCACCGGGCGGGAGUGCAUUGGUUCGGGAAUCUUAUCGCUGGGCCGAUGAAGAAGGAGGAGUCUACGGCCCUGGAGCUAGUGUGUCUAGUUCUGGGCAGAAUGCGCGAGAUGCCGCGAAUGCGGGCCCUGAAGCCAGCGUGGAAGAUAUCCUCGAGUACUUGGACCUCAUGUCCCGUAAGGGUGAGCUGAAAGCGACUUAUACCCUGGGUAAGAUGAAUUUCGAGGGUGCUCGUGGAUUGCCUCGUAAUUUCCGACGUGCCAUGAGAUAUUUCAAGGUCGUUACCAAGAAGUACUGGAACAAAGAUGGCUCCACCAACUCAAAUGCUCAAGCAGGCCUUGACAAGUUGGCUUCCAAAGCCGCAGGACACAUUGGUUUGAUGUACCUCCGUGGCGAGGGUGUUGACCAGCACUUCCCAACUGCCCUCACAUGGUUCCGACGUGGUGUUGAGAACGGUGACUCUCUAUGCCAGCAUUGGAUGGGUCUGGUGUAUCUUAACGGAUAUGGAGUUCCACAGGAUGGCUAUAGAGCUUCUGAAUACUUCAAAGCGGCAGCCGAACAAGACCUCCCGGCAUCGGAAUCGCGAUUAGGUGCCCUCUUUUUGGACCAAGGCGACGUGGCGACUGCCACUCGCUACUUUGAGCUUGCGGCCCGGUGGGGAUGGAUGGAGGCAUACUAUUACCUCGCAGAGAUGGCCAAUUUUGGCAUUGGAAGACAGCGACACUGUGGUGUGGCUACCGCCUAUUACAAAAUGGUUGCUGAGAAAGCCGAGAUUGUGCACUCAGCCUUUGUGGAGGCGAAUGAUGCCUAUGAGUCUGGCGACAAAGAAGGUGCCCUUAUUGCAGCCAUGAUGGCCGCCGAACAAGGCUACGAGAAUGCACAGGCAAAUGUAGCAUAUCUGCUCGACGAGCACCGCUCUGUGCUAUCAUUAAGCUCUGUUCUUCCAUGGGCCGAAAAGCCCAGGCCCUCUUUGUUGAAAAACGCGGCACUGGCGUUGAUCUACUGGACACGGUCUUCCAAGCAGGCCAACAUCGAUUCCUUGCUCAAAAUGGGCGACUACUACUUGUCUGGCAUUGGUUCUGCCGGUGACGCCGACAAGGCUUCCACUUGCUAUCACAACGCCGCUGAAGCUCACCAUAGUGCACAGGGCUAUUGGAACUUAGGUUGGAUGCACGAGAAUGGCGUGGCGGUGGACCAAGACUUCCAUAUGGCAAAGCGGUACUAUGAUCUGGCGCUUGAUCUCAGCCCCGAGGCGUACCUACCCGUCAAGAUGAGCUUACUCAAGCUCCGCAUUCGUGGCUACUGGAACCGUAUCACCAACGGGAACAUUAACAACAUCCGUGACGAGGAGGAACCGAGGCCCCGUCGAACCUUCAGGGAGUGGAUCACCGCUUUCGUCGACAACGAUGAAGAGAGUUAUUACGAAGACCUUUAUGAACGCCAGGGAGACGAUGAUGAAUACCGUGGCUUGGAUUCGGAAAGCCACGAAGAUGGAUACUAUGAUGACCUGGAUCUUGAUAUUGACGAGGGAAUGCUAGAGGGUCUACUUAUUGUCGGUCUGGCUGCUACCUUGCUAGUGUUGGUAUAUUUCCGACAGCAGCAGCAGCAGCGGAAUCGACAAAACGAGAAUGGCAAUCAGAACAACGCCAAUGUCAAUGCCAAUGCCAACGAGCGAGGAUUCUUCCCUCAGCCGGGGGAUCCUGAGUUUGCGCAGUGGGUAGCCGGCGGCGUCGGACAUUAG